AUAAUGAAUGGAUCCAAUGUGGCCAAUACAUCGCCCAGUAUAAAAUCCAAAGAGGACCCGGGGAUCACCGGGCACGAUGAGAAGGAAAACCCAUUUGCAGAGUACAUGUGGAUGGAGAACGAGGAGGAUUUCGACAGACAGGUGGAGGAGGAGCUGCAGGAGCAGGACUUCCUGGACCGCUGCUUCCAGGAGAUGCUGGACGAAGAAGACCAAGACUGGUUCAUUCCCUCCCGAGACCUGCCACAGGCCAUGGGCCAGUUGCAACAGCAGUUAAAUGUGCUGACAGUCAGCGACAGUCAUGAUUCUGAAGAUAUUUUGAGCAAAAGCACCCUGAACCCGGAUGCCAAGGAGUUUGUUCCGGGAGUGAAAUACUGA